CAAGCAUAUUUUAAAGAAAACAAGCAUAGCACGCUGUGCGUAGGAAAUCCCCAAACAUUGAAAAUCAAGCCGCAAAUUCAAAAUGCCGUCGUUGGAGGUUAGCGUAAACAAAGUGAUUGUCCACCCGCUGGUUCUGUUGUCGGUCGUGGAUCACUUCAAUCGCAUGGGUAAAAUUGGCAAUCAGAAGCGCGUCGUAGGCGUGCUCCUUGGUUGCUGGCGCUCCAAGGGUGUACUAGAUGUCUCUAAUAGCUUUGCGGUUCCUUUUGAUGAGGAUGACAAGGACAAAUCAGUGUGGUUUUUGGAUCACGAUUACUUGGAGAACAUGUAUGGCAUGUUCAAAAAGGUGAAUGCACGCGAACGCGUUGUGGGCUGGUAUCAUACUGGACCGAAGCUGCAUCAGAAUGAUAUAGCCAUAAACGAGCUCAUUCGCCGCUACUGUCCAAACUCUGUGCUGGUCAUCAUAGAUGCCAAGCCAAAGGACCUGGGUCUUCCGACAGAAGCGUAUAUAUCCGUUGAAGAGGUGCACGACGAUGGGUCGCCCACUACCAAAACUUUUGAGCAUGUGCCAAGUGAGAUUGGCGCCGAAGAGGCCGAAGAAGUGGGCGUUGAGCAUUUGCUGCGUGAUAUUAAAGACACCACCGUUGGCAGCUUGUCCCAGAAAAUCACCAACCAGCUAAUGGGUCUAAAAGGCCUGAAUGCGCAAUUGCGUGAUAUAAAACACUAUCUACAGCGGGUCGGAGAAGGCAAGAUGCCCAUCAACCAUCAGAUUGUCUAUCAGCUGCAGGACAUAUUUAACCUUCUGCCGGACAUAACCAACGAUCAGUUCACGGGCACCAUGUACGUAAAGACCAACGAUCAGAUGCUGGUCGUCUAUUUGGCGUCCAUGGUCCGUUCGAUAAUCGCUCUGCACAAUUUGAUUAACAACAAGCUGGCUAAUCGCGAUGCUGAGGAGGGCAAGAAGUCAAUUGAGAGUGAUGGCAAGGACAAGAACAAGGAAAGCAAGGAUAAAGAGAACAAGGACACUAAAGAUAAGGAUACCAGCAAGAAAGUCGAUGAGAAGUCCGACAAGAGCAAAGACGAGAGCGGCAAGAGUAGCAAGAAAUAGGAGCGAAAGAAAAAACGCAAAUCACGUCGCAAACGGAAAAAGCACCCGCCAGAGGCGUAAACAACACUAAAAGCCUCAGACAUCAUGGGCUGAAGCGGCAGUGAGAACAUAAACUUUAACUUUGGCCAGCUGAGUGGGAGGUGUUAAGCAUGUCAACAAACGUCGAAACGAAAUAGCAUAUAUAAUUCCUCUUCAUAAAAUAUUACAUAAAUAUAUCGUACCUAGUUAUAUAUAUAUAUAUAUUAAUAAACGCAGCAAGAUCCUCUUUAACUAAUUUGUAUAGCUAUGUAUGUACGCU